AUGCGUGCAACUUCCAUCAGCACUUCCGUCGAGAUCGGUCUCCGCUUUGUCGGGAUCUGGCCGGACCUGUCAUACGGGUCCAUCACUUGGUUCACGUACAUGAGUAGCGUGGCGGUCGUGCUGUAUUUUCAAUACGUAUACAUUUUCGGUCACUUCAACGUCAACGACGUCUCGAAUCUCAUCGAUGCGCUCAGCAACACGCUGGCUUACAGCCUCACCUUUCUGAAGAUAUUUUAUAACAUUCUGCUAACGAUGAAUGAGGAUUGGAGCACUGUCAAUCGCAACCGAUCGAUAUUGUGUAUCAUGACGAACAAUGCUAAUCUGUCGCGUCGCUGUUCGAACCUAUUGAUCAGCCUCAAUACUACCGCCGCGAUUUGCUACGCUGCGACCAGUUUCGUACAUCUGUCGACUAAUUCUAAGGAGAAUCUCAACGUUAGCUCGAAAGUAUUACCUAUAAAGAUGGAACUUCCUUUUGAAGUCAACGCGACUCCAUUCUUUGAACUUCUGGCGGCCGGUAUGUUUCUACAUGAAGUGUCGAUCGCCGCUUUAGCUGCUACAACAAGCUGCUUAAUCCUCUCACUGGUACUUCAUGUAAGCGGACAGAUCGAUAUUCUUCGUCGAGAUUUAUUGACAUUCUGCGACAACGGAUCUCUACAGCGUGAUUCAAGCGUCACAGAUAUCAAACUCCUAACCGUUCGGCAUCAAAGAAUAAUAACAUUUUCGGAUAACAUUGAAGAACUUUAUUCGAACAUUGCGCUGAUGCAGUUUCUUUCCAAUACCGUGGUCAUCUGCUGUAUCGGUCUCACUUUAAUAAGUGCUCUUGCCAGAGACGGAGUUUCCGUGCUACUAUUGAAAUCCGUCUUUUUUUACAUCGCCGUAACGUUGGAAGCCUUUAUCUUUUGUUUCGCCGGAGAAUAUCUCAGUGCCAAGAGCAAAUCGAUCGGCGAUGCAGCGUAUGAGUCGCUCUGGUACAACAUGACGCCCACCGAGUCCCGGAUUCUAAUGUUUAUUAUACUCAGGUCGCAGAAAAGAUUGACGAUCACCGCUGGAAACGUCAUGGAUCUUUCUCUAGAAGGAUUUACGACCGCGCUUCAGCCGGUGACUCUAUUCGAAAGCAGAGCCGCGGAAAUGGACCGGAAGACCGAUUCGAAUCGAUCGACGAUGAUCCUAAUUGGCACUGUCAGCCGCUCGAUCGAGAUCGGUCUCCGUGUGAUCGGCGUUUGGCCCGACUCAUCCUACACGAUCCUCCGCCGUGCGUUCUGGAUGAUCACGUUAGCGAUGGCGCAGACCUUUCAAUACUGGUAUUUCGUCAUACACGUUCGGACCGACGAUCUGUCGCAUCUCAUGGACGGUCUGAGCACCACGAUGUCCUAUAGUCUUCUACUACUGAAACUGGCGAUAUUCUUUAUCAAUCGACGGAUAUUCUACGGCAUCUUAAUGUCGAUCGCUCGGGAUCGAAGCGAGUGCACGACCGACUGGGCUAUCUGCUUAAUGACGAAGACGACCUAUGUCUCGCACCGAUCCUCCAAUCUGAUCAUCGGUCUCUACUCGAUGUCAGUGAUUCUCUACGGUACCGGCGUACUGGUCGCCCGCCCCGACGAUCCCGAUGACGUCGACGAACAGUUCGAGAUACCGGAACGAGAGCUGUUCCUCAAAAUGGAGCUGCCAUUCGAGUCCAACACCUCUCCUGUUUACGAGAUCGUCAUGAUUACGCAGUUCUUUCAUCAACUCGCGGCGGCGACGAUAGUCGGCGUGCUGAACGCCCUGAUCGUCUCACUGGGUAGAAUGAUCGGCGAUGCAGCGUACGCGGCUAAGUGGUACGACUCGAGUCCGGCGCGCAGCCGCAUUUUACUACUUCUAAUUGUGCGAUCGCAAAGAAAGUUGUCUAUUACGAUCGGAAAAUUUAUGGAUCUUUCUCUAGAACGUUUUACAACUACCGAAGUGAAACCGAUGACUUCUGUGUGUCGCACCGUGGAGUUCGGCCUUCGCAUGAUCGGCAUGUGGCCGGGUACGCCGUACGCAAUUUUGCGCAAAGUCUUUUCCAUAUCUUCAUUGGUGAUGUUUCAAAUCUUCCAGUAUCGUCACAUAAUCAUGCACUUCGGCGAACAAGAUCUCUCAGUCUUCAUGGACGUUUUAAGCGCGACUCUGGCUUAUAGUCUCCUGCUUAUCAAGCUGAUUAUCUUCGCGUUCAAUACUCGUUUGCUCGACAAAAUCAUAGCACGUGUGGCCGAGGACUGGAAAGAGUGCGACGUUUCCGACGAGCACACGAUGACCAGAAUGGCUUACAUGUCUCGUCGAUUUUCCAAUUUGAUAGUCGUCUCAAACGCGACGUCGGUGAUCCUUUACGCGACUGGCACCCUGCUGAGGAAUAGAAGCGACAACCAGACCGAUGCUCGAGAGCUCAUCCUCAAGAUGGAGUUGCCCUUCGAGAUGGAGAGCACAUCAGUUUAUAUAACUAUUCUUGUCAUACAGUUCGUUCAUCAGACGAGCGCGGCUAGUAUGGUGGGCGUGUUAAAUUGUUUAUUGAUAAGUCUCAUUCUCCACACAAGUGGGCAGAUUGACAUAGUGCGGCAAAAACUGGGCGAAAUCACGCGGAAGGAAAUCGAGCACGGCGUGACCGAGAGCGUUGUGAAAACGUUGGUCGUGCGGCAUCAGAAAAUACUCUCCUUCUCGAACAACAUCGAGACUCUCUUCUCGAACAUCGCGCUGAUACAAUUCGUAUCGAACACGCUGGUCAUCUGUUGCUUGGGUUUUCUCAUCGUGAUCUCUAUCGGUAUACCAAACGGAUCGGCGAUGCUGAUGAAGUCUGUGUUAUUUUACAUUGUUAUCAACACGGAGGCGUUCAUAUUUUGCUUCGUCGGCGAGCACCUUACCAUGAAAGGUAAAAUGAUCGGCGACGCGGUGUACGAGUCGCUUUGGUACGAUCUGACACCGACGCAGAAUCGCAGCCUUCUUCUUAUGAUCAUGAGGUCGCAGAAACACUUGACACUUACAAUUGGGAAAGUCGUGGAUCUCUCCUUGAGACAGUUUGCCGGCAUCGUGAGAGCCUCGGCGUCAUACGUGUCGGUGUUACACGCGAUGUAUCUGAGAGUGGAGGUGUUAACGCAAAUGCUGAACUCAAUCUUCCGCAGAAUAUUCUUUGAUCUAUUGCAAAUAAUGGAUGCGGACUGGCGAGACUACACCUCGAACGGUUCGCGCAUAAUGAAGAGCUCAGCAGACCUUGCACAUCGCGCCUCAAGGUGGAUCGUCGGCCUCCAAAUAGGCUCUGUAACUUUCUACAGUCUCGGCGUCCUCGCCGCUAAUGUAAAUGAUCCCGGGAAAAUAGAACCGUAUACACGAGAACUUAUUCUGAAGAUGGCAUUGCCAUUCAACAUUAGUACGGAAGCUAUUUACAUAGCGGUUCAAAGCGUUCAAUUUUAUCACUUGUUCUUAGUCGGCCUCGGCAUUACAAUUGUCAAUUCACUUCUCGUCACUCUGUCGAUCGGUGAACCCAAUGGCGCGGCAAUCAUGGUAAAGUCUCUAUUAUUCUACAUCACGAUGAACCUCGAGGCGUUCAUAUACUGUUUCUGCGGUGAAUAUUUGAGCGCCAAGAGCGAAAUGAUCGGACAUGCGGCGUACGAUUCCCUUUGGUAUGACUUUCCGGCUAAAGAGGGCCGAAUUAUGCUGCUCGUCAUUGUGAGGUCGCAAAAAAGAUUAAAAAUUACCAGCGGAAAAGUUGUGGACCUCUCUUUGGAACGUUUCACCAGCUAUCGAUACGUAAUGGUAAACAUCGGUAUGGACGAUUUUUCGCAAUUCAUGGACGGAGUGAGUAGCGCAUUGGCAUGGUCUCUGUUUUAUAUCAAACUUGUUAUCCUGUGGAUCAAUCAAAGAAUAUUUUUCGAUUUAUUGCAAAUGAUGGAUGCGGACUGGCGAGACUACACCGCGAGGCAUUAUAACUCGCGCAUAAUGACGAACACGGCGCAUCUUGCACGUCGCGCCUCGAGAUUGAUCGUCGGCCUGCAAGUGGUCGCCGUAAUCUUCUACAGUACCGGCGUUCUUGCCGCUAAUGCAAACAAUCCCGAAAGAAUAGAACCAUACGCGCGAGAACUUAUCCUGAAAAUGGAAUUUCCGUUCAAUAUUAGUACAGAAUUUAUUUACAUGUCGGUUACAAUAGUUCAAUUUUACCAUUUGUUACUAGUCGGUUGCGGUAUUACAAUUAUCAAUUCACUUCUCGUCACUCUGAUACUUCACAUCGGUGGCCAAAUUGACUUGCUUCGAGAAUGGCUAAUAAAAGCCUUCUCCAAAAGUGCGGCGCACUCGACGGACGAAAUCACGAUGCGAUCAAUGAUCGCGAAGCACCAGAAAAUUAUUCUAUUUUCGGAAAACAUCGAGAAUCUUUAUACGUAUAUCUCAUUAAUGAUGCUCUUAUCAGACACGCUUAUCACAUGCUGUAUAGGAUAUAUUAUCGUCACCUCGAUCGGUGAUCCCAACGCUGCAGCCAUCUUAGUAAAAUCCGUAUUAUUCUACAUCACAAUGAACCUCGAGGCGUUCAUAUACUGCCUUUGUGGUGAAUAUCUGAGCGCCAAGAGCAAAAUGAUCGGAAAUGCGGCAUACGAUUCUCUUUGGUAUGAUUUUCCAGCUAAAGAGAGUCGAAUUAUGCUGCUAAUCAUUUUAAGGUCGCAAAAAAGAUUGACGAUUACCAGCGGAAAAGUCGUGGAUCUCUGUUUGGAGCGUUUUACUAGUGUUGUAAAAGCAUCAGCAUCAUACAUAUCAGUACUGUUGGCGAUGCACUGAAAAUGUAAUUAAUUUACUGAUGAG